AUGCCACCCAAAGCAACAAAGAGGAAGGCCAAUGCUGUAGGUUUGCUCGACAAUGAUCCUUGGGGAUCUCCCGAGGACCGACCGAGAAAGAAGACACGAGUGUCAACCACCCAUGUCGAUAACCUCGGCGACAGACAUUCCUCUCAGACAACGGAGCAGCUCUCGGGCUGGGUUGCUUGGCAGAACAGGUUCAACGAGAAGGAGAGGACUGAAAAGCGCCAAUUUGCGGACGAGUUCACGAAGAAGCUCCAAUCGAAGCAGGCUGAGAUCCAAAAUCUAAUCACUUCAUGCAACAACGAAUUGGCCGCAGCGGGAGAGAAAUACAGCAAGCUGGUCAAGGAAGCCUACGGCGACAACAGACCCAAUUCCAAAACCAAACCCCAGCCACAGACAUUCGCUUCCCGUGAAGGAAAUCCCCUGUUCAAGGCUGGUCAGGAAAUUUUCCAAAGCUGCCACGAGCUCAUCACCGUCCAUAAUCGGGCCAACUCCAAGGCCUCGCAAGACAACACCGAGCUUGGCCUGCCACGCGAGCUGUGGAAGAAGGACAUUGCCAGCGUGCAGCAACUCUUGCUUUAUGGCCGGCAGCAUGGGGAGAACAUUAUGGACUGUAUCAUUGUCUCGUCCAGCAGCAACGACGAGAAGAGUCGCCUGUUGACGCCGGACAAGCAGGGAUUGAGCGAGACGGGCAAGAUGGCGGUCGACAUGUACCGCAAGAGCACCGAGGCCAUUAAUGAGAGCGGAUCGACAUGGGGCGAGUUGGCCAAGAGCCAGGCCGGCGCCUUUGGAAAGAUUGUGGACGAUCUGGCUGAUGUUUGA